CCAAGUUAUCGCGAUAAAUUAACGAGAUAUUACCAAGACGAGCUGCUUAGUUCCUUUGUAGUGUACACUUCUGUUCUCUGCUUGCUUCCACUUCCUUUCAUCACCAUCAGUCCAUCAUCAUCUCCUUUUCUUCCACUCUCCCUUUCGCGGUAAUUUCCAAACUACACAGAGAAAGAAAUUUGGAAUUUUGUUUGGUAAUUUAAGCUGCAUUUUCCAAGCAAAUGUGGUGACUUUUCAUUACAACUCUGAUGGGGUCUUGACUCUUGAGUAUUAUCCAAUCAAUCAGUGGUGUUUUCUUUUCUUUUCCCUUUACAAAGAACCCAGAUUUCUGAUUUAAAAUGACUCCACCUGUUAAUGGAGAUUUGGGUUUUCCAUCUCCACUUCAGUGGAAAUUCUCACAGGUUUUUGGUGAAAGAGCAGCUGGUGAAGAAGUUCAAGAAGUUGAUAUUAUUUCUGCUAUUGAAUUCGACAAAAGCGGUGAGCAUCUUGCAACUGGUGAUCGAGGAGGACGAGUGGUUUUAUUUGAGAAAACAGAUGGGAAAGAUUUUACCUUCCGCAAGGAGCUGGAGAAAACGGAUUAUUCCAUCCCCAGGCAUCCAGAAUUCCGUUACAAGACUGAGUUUCAGAGUCAUGAGCCUGAGUUUGAUUACUUGAAAAGUUUGGAAAUAGAAGAGAAAAUUAAUAAAGUACGGUGGUGUCAAACAUCCAAUGGUGCUCUUUUCCUUCUCUCGACAAAUGACAAAACAGUAAAAUAUUGGAAGGUUCAAGAAAAGAAGAUAAAGAAGGUAGCUGAGGUGAACUUAGACACUUCAGGGGCAAAAUCAAAUGGAGGACUUCCUGGAAAAAUUGGAGCUGGAUCUGACUUUGUAUUUCCACCUGGAGGAAUUCCCUCUUUACAUUUACCAGUGGUAAUUGUUGGCCAGGAAACAAACCUUGUUCCUAGAUGUCGAAGAGUAUUUGCUCAUGCACAUGACUACCACAUAAAUUCCAUUGCAAACAACAGUGACGGUGAGACAUUUAUCUCUGCAGAUGAUUUACGGAUAAAUUUGUGGAACCUGGAGAUCAGUAAUCAAAGUUUUAAUAUUGUUGAUGUGAAGCCAGUAAACAUGGAGGAUCUCACUGAGGUCAUAACGUCUGCAGAAUUUCAUCCUACACAUUGUCAUACAUUAGCAUACAGUAGCUCAAAGGGAACAAUACGCCUUAUCGAUAUGAGGCAGUCAGCUCUAUGUGAUUCACAUGCCAAAAUAUUUGAAGAGAACGAUACACCUGGUUCACGCUCAUUCUUCACAGAAAUAAUUGCCUCAAUAUCAGAUAUUAAGUUUGGAAGAGAUGGGAGAUAUAUAUUGAGUCGUGAUUAUAUGACGCUAAAGCUUUGGGAUUUAAAUAUGGAAGCUAGCCCUGUUGCAACCUUUCAAGUCCAUGAACACCUGAGACCCAAGCUUUGUGAUCUUUAUGAGAAUGAUUCAAUUUUUGACAAAUUUGAGUGUUGUUUGAGUGGUGAUGGCCUGCGCGUUGCCACUGGUUCUUACAGCAAUCUCUUCCGUGUAUUUGGUUCUGCUCCGGGCAGUAAUGAGGCAACAACAUUAGAGGCCAGCAAGAACCCCAUAAGACGUCAACCUCAGACUCCUACUAGAUCUUUAAGGUCACUCACCAGUCUAUCACGCUCACGUAGACGAGGAUCUGAGAAUAUGGGCAUAGACGCUGGUGGAAAUGAUUUCUCCACUAAGCUGCUCCAUCUUGCAUGGCAUCCAACCUCCAACGUUCUGGCUUGUGCAGCCGCAAAUAGUCUUUACAUGUAUUAUGCUGAGGAAAAUCCACAAAGCGAACAUCAAAAGUAGAAUAUGUUUUCCACAUGUUAGUUGUUGGUUAUGAGAUGCAACUGGAAAAAAGAGUUCAGUUCCAUUACCACCUUUUGCAUCAUUUGUACUUUGUUUUCCAGGGAAAAAUUGCGAUGAACAAUUUUUUUGUAGUCUUUUACUUCUGCAAGUUUUUACCUUUAUUUCUAGGCUUACCUGAAUGGUGCAAAAUUUGUAAUUUAAGAGAGGGAAUUGCACCCAGUUUUGCUUCUUCUCUGGUUGGUCUAAGAGGAGAGCAUGUAGUUGUUGCUGUUGUAGUAGGCUUUUAUUACUUUUGAUACAUAUACAUUAGUACAAAUCAAUAACAACAUGCUUGUAACCUGUAAGAGCUCUAAAUAAAACUCCACCUGAUUCAACCGGAUAA